UGCAGCUCGCUUUCCUCGAUCACCUAAUCCGUUUUGAUGAUGCGAAAUGUCUCUAAAUCUGAUCUCAACAUGGUGAUGCUUGUUUGAAACUCUCCUGGCGUCAUUUUUAUUGAUUUAUUUAUUUUUUUAUUGCAGCGGAGCGAGAUGGACCCGUCCAGGAGGAGCGAGAGUGACUGGCAGGGAUUGAUAAACGAGUUCCUCAUCUGCAAGAGGAAGCUGGAGAGUAAGAAAGAAGCUCUACUUAUUCUGUCGAAAGAGCUGGACACCUGCCAGCAGGAGAGGGAUCAGUACAAACUGAUGGCCAACCAGCUCCGUGAGCGACAUCAAGGGCUCAAAAAGAAGUACAGAGAACUAAUAGACGGAGAUCCAUCUCUGCCUCCUGAGAAAAGGAAUCAAGUGAAUUUAGCCCAGCUACUGAGAGACUCCAGAGAAAAAAGCAGUCAACUUUCGGAGGAGGUGAAGGAGCUGAAACAACGACUGGUGGAAGCUCAAGGUGAUAACAAGCUUCUACGAAUGACCAUCACCAAACAGAGGCUAGGAGAUGAGGAGGUCGGAGCUCGACACUUUCCUGCUCAUGAGCGAGAGGAUCUUGUCAAACAGUUGGAAAGAGCCAGAGAGCAGAAUGAGAUUUUGGAGCACAGCGUGAAGUCGCUCACAGACGAGCUUCAGGACGUACGAGCUGAGCGUGACGUGUUUCAGCAGAAGGCUCAUCGCCUCAAUGUGGAAAUGAACCACAUUGUGGGAAAUGAUGAGAUACGCAUUUUGGACAUCGAUGCACUUUGCAUGGAGAACAGGUAUUUGCAUGAACGCUUCUGUCAGCUUCAAGAAGAAAUCAACUUGCUCAAAACAAACCUGGGGAAGUACAAGAGUGCACUGGACUGCAGGAAAACCUCUAAAAUCUGUGGGAAACCCAACAGCAGUGCACUGACUGGGGUGCUCUCUGCUAAACAAGUGAAGGAAUUGCUGCUGUCUGAAGAAAACGGCUGCAGUUUGCCGGUGACUCCUCAGUCCAUCUCAGACCUCAAGUCACUCGCCACAGCUCUGCUGGAAACCAUCCACGAGAAGAACAUGGUGAUUCAGCACCAACGGCAAAUCAACAAGAUUCUUGGAAAUCGAGUAGCAGAGCUGGAGAAGAAACUAAAAACAUUAGAACUGUCUGGAUUAUGGAGCCUGCCAGGAGGAAAAGACACCAUCAUACUGAAUCCUCAGCAGGCUGAGUUGACAGAGUCUCCUGGACAGGAAGGUGAGGAAGGGUCAGAAAAAAUAGCCAUCAAUCAGCAGAGCUCCACAGAAGUCCCAAUCCAAGAGAGUGGACCUCCAUCUGUGUCAGAGGAGCUUCUUGAGGAGUCGUCGCCAUCCAGCGAGGAGACAUGCCAACUGAACUUCACGUACCACUCAGCUGAGGAAGAGCCAGUCAGCCAACAGACAGAAACACCAGACAGCGGCCAAUCAGAGGUCACAACUGAAUUAACAACUCACCGGUCAAAAGAAGAGGAGUGCGUGAGUAAUUCCUCUCCCACACACCAUUCGACAGACCUCUGCGCCUCACAGCAAACUUUAGAGAACUCUGACCCCGCUGCAGGAACAAAGGAUGAGUCAGAUAAGUGCACUGUAGGGUUGGAAACUGUUGACACAGAGAGUAAUCCAACAGAAGAAAACAUCAAUAUCGCAAUAUCCACUACUGCUGCUGCAAGUUUUGACAAAGAGCAGGAGGAUGUCCAGUCAAACCAGGAGCUUUCAGAUGGGACAGAUGUCAAUGUAAGUCAGGACAUGUGAAGUCUUCCAUGAGCUGCUCACAUGCUGCAGAACAUCAGGAAAAACUCUCUGAAAGAUAAGAAGGAAUGAUCUCAGUGUAAUAUGAUGCUAGUGUAUUCAUUUUUAUGAAUAAUGAAAAGAAAUCUGAGGAAAGUGUUACUGUUGAAUCUAAAUACAGAUGGUGCGUUGAUAAUGGAUGCCUACAUCUGUUACUUACUGUAAAUCCAAGAAAUAUCAAUACAUGAGGGAUUUUCUUAUCAAUAUGGCCCUGUCAAAGUAGCAAGAAUGACAUCAGACCUCAAAAAUAUCUUAGUGUUAAAGAGAGAGAUUUCAGUCUUGGUUGAUAGGGUAACCUGUAGUCACAGGUGGUAACAGCAAAUGCACUUUAACACCACAGGUCACACAGCUCUGAGGCAGCAAAAUAAACAACUGUUAUUUUAAUAUGGAAGUCAGGUGUUAGUUGAAAAAUUUCCAUAAUUUUGUGAGCAACCAUGACCUGAUUUUAUGCUGCACACGGCAUGAUUCUGCUGACAGCAGAA